AUGGCGACGAUGGAAAAAGUAUUCGCAGGCUAUGAAGCCCGAAAAGCAAUCCUUGCCCAGAACACCAAUCCCUUCACAAAUGGCAUCGCAUGGGUAGCAGGAAAGCUCACCCCACUCAAAGAAGCUCGAAUCCCCAUGAUGGACCAGGGUUUCCUCCGCAGCGACCUGACCUACGACGUCCCCGCCGUCUGGGAUGGCCGCUUCUUUCGUCUAGACGACCAUCUCACCCGAUUCGAUGCGAGUUGCAAGAAGCUGCGACUUAGCAUGCCUCUCUCGCGACAAGAAGUGAAGCGGAUCCUCGAGGAAAUGGUCGCGAAGAGCGAAAUUCGAGAUGCUUAUGUUGAAAUUAUCGUGACACGCGGCAUGAAGGGUGUUCGCGGGAAUGAUCCAAAGGAUUUGAUCAAUUCGCUCUACAUGUUCGUUCAGCCAUAUAUUUGGGUUAUGGAGCCUGAUAUUCAGCGAGUCGGUGGAAGUGCGAUCAUUGCGCGCACUGUUCGGCGUGUUCCUCCUGGUUCGAUGGAUCCGACUGUUAAAAAUCUUCAGUGGGGUGAUUUCACGAGAGGUCUUCUUGAAGCUGCUGAUCGUGGAGCUACUUAUCCGUUCCUGACCGAUGGUGACACGAAUCUGACUGAAGGGGCGGGCUUCAAUAUUGUGGUUGUGAAAGGUGGUGUUCUCUAUACACCCGCGCGUGGGGUCUUGGAGGGAGUUACGCGGAAGAGCGUUAUAGAUGUUGCCAAAGACAAUGGUUUCGAGGUACGCGUUGAGCUUGUGCCUGUUGAAAGGGCCUAUUGUGCGGAUGAGAUCUUCAUGUGUACCACCGCGGGCGGCAUCAUGCCGAUUACGAGUCUUGACGGGAAACCUGUGAAUGGAGGUGGUAUUGGGGAUACCACAAAGAAGAUUUGGGAUGGUUACUGGGCCAUGCAUUAUGAUCCUGCUUUCAGCUUCAAAAUUAAUUACACGGAGACAGAGGAUGGACGUAUAAAAUCACGUCUAUAA